AAAAAAAAGACUAGUAAAACCGAAAGAGUCUUCACUCGUCACACAUUACACGCAUUAUAAACCUCACUUUACGAAGUCUUCUUCUCCAAGAUUUUCCGCUUUCAGUUCUACGGUCUCUCUACAUCAUUCUGUGAAAUAUGAGUGACAACUUGAUGGAGAAAGUCAGCGCUUUUGGUGAGCGAUUAAUGAUUGGGGGAUCUGAGGUGGGGCAGAAGAUCACUGCGGGAGUGAGCUCUGUUAGUUUCAAGAUGAAGGAGUUCUUCCAAGGUCCGAACCAGACUGAUCAGCUUGUCGAGGAAGCAACUGCUGAAACUCUUGACGAGCCUGAUUGGGCUACGAAUCUCGAACUUUGUGACAUGAUCAAUCAUGAGAGGGUCAGCAGUGUUGAAUUGAUCAGGGGGAUAAAGAAACGGAUCGUGCUGAAGAGCCCUAGGAUUCAGUAUUUGGCCCUCGUGUUGCUGGAAACUGUUGCAAAGAAUUGUGAGAAGGCGUUCUCAGAGAUUGCAGCCGAGAGGGUCCUGGAUGAGAUGGUGAAGCUGAUUGAUGAUCCACAGACUGUGGUCAACAACCGGAAUAAGGCUCUGAUGUUAAUUGAAUCGUGGGGAGAGUCCAGUAAUGAACUUCGUUAUUUGCCUGUUUAUGAAGAAACGUAUAAGAGUCUAAAAUCCAGAGGAGUUCGGUUCCCUGCUCGUGAUGAAGAGAGUCUAGCUCCAAUAUUUACUCCGGAAAGAUCUGUGGAAGCAACGGCGCCUAGCGCCACAUUGGGACAGCAACUCCAUUAUCAUAUCCCUGUCCAGAGCUUUUCUGCUGAACAGAUAAAGGAAGCAUUGGACGUAGCAAGAAACAGUAUCGAGCUUCUAAGCACCGUUUUAUCAUCUUCCACUCAGCAAGAUGCUAUUGAGGAUGAAUUGGCCACCACCCUUUUACACCAGUGCCGAGAGUCCCGUUACACUGUUCAGAAAAUCAUCGAAACAGGUGGCGACAACGAGGCAGUGCUCUUUGAAGCGCUGAAUGUGAACGAUGAGAUUCAAAAAGUUCUGUCCAAAUACGAAGAGAUGAAGACGCCCUCAGGGUCGCCAAAGGGGCCGGAGCCAGCCAUGAUCCCCAUCUCUGUUGAGCCCGACCAUUUACCUGCAGCCGGCAGCGAAGAAUCCCUUGUCAGAAAGCCCCCGUCAAGCAGCAAUGACGAGAUGAUGGACGAUCUCGACGAGAUGAUCUUCGGCAAGAAGUCCGGCAGCACAUCGGAGGCCGGCGGCGGACAAGAUGCGAAGAAACAGCAGCCACCCAAGGAAGAUCUCAUCUCCUUGUAAUUUGGAUCACUUAAAACAUGAUUCAUAUAUUGAGCUUGUUGAUACUUUUGAAAAGUGUUAUUGGGCGAUGAAACUGAGAGAAAAUCUUUGGUUUUCUCUGCCCGAGCAUUGAGUGGCAUGGCAAGGUACAUGACGAGCACCAAUAUGAGAAUAAAUCUAUUAAAGUGCUUCAUUCUUGUA